AUGUCGGGCUCGCCAUCGUCAGGCCCCUCGAGGCCGGGUGUCAAGGGAGUCACAGACCAACUGUCUUCGAGCUACUCAACUGCCUUUGACGGAACUGCACUCAGUCCGCCUGCUGUACCCGAUUCUCCGGCAGCCGGCCCGUCGAGACAUGACGCCCAGGUUGUUUCUGAACAUUUGCCCUCGGGGUACACAGCUGGCUUCGAUGGAGGAACCCCGCUCAGUCCUCCCCGCGAGUCUCUUAUGGGCCAGCAUGAUGCCGAGGAGCCGCUUGCGAACUCGUCUUUGAAGUUGCAAGGAGGGGAUAUUCAUCGAGAUAUCUUCAAGACAGCUGAGAGGGCCAAGAUGCACAAGCGAGCUGCGACAUUUCAUUAUCCUCAGGACGCUACUCGAAAUGACGAACUAGACGGCCUCGCUGUGAGUGAUCAGCUCGCCCCCGGUGGCUUUCGGAGAGCAUACAUUCGCCAGCAACAAGCCGGUCCCAUCUGGGCAGCCAGAAACCCCGUGACCCGAAACUUUGUCGAAUUUCUGGAUUUGUACGGAAGUUUCGCCGGAGAAGAUCUUGCUGAAUCUGAUGACGAAGCAAUCACCGAUGAUGAGGGCGACGGCGCCGACCAGCCGCCUUCUGAGACCAGACCGCUCUUAGGACGUCGAAAGACCACACGUGCUCCACGAUCUGCUACUGCUACAACGAGCAAGACCUUUUUCACUCUCUUGAAGGCCUUUAUCGGGACGGGAAUCAUGUUCCUACCCAAAGCAUUCCUUAAUGGUGGUCUGCUGUUUUCGUCCAUCACCAUGUUGGUCGUCUCGUGCGUGACCAUGCUGGCCUUUCACCUCCUCCUAGCAUGCAAGACCAAGCACGGCGGUGGUUACGGCGAGAUCGGCCAAGCGAUAGCUGGAGACCGUAUGCGGGGAUUGAUUUUAUUCUCCAUUACUCUAUCCCAAAUUGGCUUCGUCUGUGCCGGCAUAGUCUUCGUGGCGGAGAACCUGACAUCGUUCCUUGAAGCUGUUGUGCACGGGGAAAGUCCACUAUCGGCUACGGCUCUCAUUCUGAUUCAGCUCGUCGUCCUCAUACCGCUGUCCUUCAUCCGCAACAUCGCCAAGCUCGGACCCGCCGCCCUCCUUGCUGAUGUCUUCAUCCUCAUCGGUGUUGGUUACAUCUACUACUACGACAUUGCUCACCUCGCUUCCGAAGGGCUCAACCCUACCGUCGUUCUCUUCAACCCCGACAAGUACACCCUCACCAUAGGGGCUUCUAUCUUCACGUACGAAGGCAUAGGGCUCAUUCUACCGAUACAGUCUUCGAUGGCGAAGCCUCAGCGUUUUGAAUACCUUCUGGGUAUCAUCAUGCUGAUCAUCACGAUAGUAUUCACGGCAGUCGGCGCGCUUUGCUACGCCACCUUCGGAGAGGACACCCAGAUCGAGAUCAUCAACAAUUACCCCCAAACCAGCAAAUUCGUCAAUGCCGUGCAGUUCCUCUACUCGCUUGCUGUUCUCGUGGGCAAUCCUGUCCAGCUGUUCCCUGCUCUUCGUAUCCUCGAAGGUAAGCUCUUCGGUUCAUACUCGGGGAAGAAGGACAUGCGCACGAAGUGGGUUAAGAAUGGUUUCAGGACACUCAUGGUCCUCUUCUGCGGCGCCAUAUCCGUCAUGGGCGCUGGCAACCUGGAUAGAUUUGUGGCACUGAUCGGAUCCUUCGCUUGCGUUCCAUUGGUCUACAUCUAUCCGGCUUACCUUCACUACAAGGGUGUCGCAACUUCACGAGCGGCAAAGGUUGGUGACAUGGUGUUCAUGGUGGUUGGGGUCGUCGCGAUGGUAUACACAACUGUCAUCACCAUCGUCAACAGCUUCAUGGGCUAA